AUGCCGCUAGAAAAUUAUUCAGAUUGGCUAUACGGCUUUCAAACUGGAACUGAUUGGUUCCUAGCGUGUGGGGGCGCCUUACAGCGAGCGACUGCUGGUUUUCGCAAUCCUCAUGCCCAGUUUCCUUCUACAGUCUUGCUGAUUGGCAAGCGUGAGAAAGACGCGGCGCGUCGGGCGCUGCUACAAGGGCAUACUCAUCCAGAGUCACGCGGUAUUGCACAAUUGCAGGCAGACAAUUCGACAUCCUACGAUGAAUAUCCCCUCCAAGUUGCGAGUCUAGAUAUUGAGAAAGCCUGCAGCAAGCAGAAGCCACUGCAAAAUCGUAAUGGACAUUUGCUUCACAAAGUCACGUGGUUGUCAGAGCAUUUAUCCGCACCCACAGCAGAGACUUUUGUGGAAAUCAUGGUUGGCAAGUUAUUGACGUUAUUCGUUGAUGUUAUUUGUAUUUUUCUUGACGAUUUUUCUACCCCUGAGGAAGGGAUCCAUUUCCUACAAAGAUGUGGACAUCAUAGUAGCAUGUCACAAGACUGGAAGCCACAGGUCAUCCUUGUCAGUAGUCGCGCGUACAAGCGGAAGGGAAAUUUUAGCCUGCCCAUAUUUAGUAGUAUUCAGCGCGUAGUACUGCCGAAACAAAGCCGCAAAACCCUGUCUGCCUCGAGGUAUUUCACAUUGAAGAAGGUCAUCGAUUCUAGGGUGAAAAUGGUAAGGAAAGGUAGGGAUACGUCUAAGAUGCUGUACUCAGCCUCUCAUCUCAAUGCCUUCUUUGAGCUGGCAUUAGAACAUGUUGCUACAUGCGCCUCUGCACCAUUCAACUUUAUCAUCGCUUCACGGCAACGCAAUCGAAUAGAAAAAGAUCUUAGGGCCAAUCUACGGCACUUUUUGGCGCUAUGCACCACUAAUCACGUAAGCAAAGAGGCUACCUUGAAGCACAUUGCUUCUGCACUUAUGCUGGACAGUCUUCCGCCAGGUAUGCAUCGCGGCCUUAUUGUGCUCAUGUUCCUCUUACGCCGGAGUCUGGACGAGUGCAUCGACAUCUUCAGGCAGCUGUCUGAACGUGUCUUCGCUCCUCGUUCAAUACUUGGAAAUUCCCUGUUCGCGAAUACAUAUGGAUUUCUAUAUUCACUACUUACAGAUAGCUUCUACGGGGCUGCCGAGAUGGAGGCAUGCGUGAAAGAAGCAUUCGGAUCAAACACUACCCUUUUUGGCUCUAAUACAUCGAAUACUGGUAUAUCGGGUCCCAAAGUCGCAGUUACUACAAUGGCUGUAUCUAACUCGAGACUGUGCAUCCUCUCUAACUAUAAUGGAGUUGGAAGGAGGCUCUUAUAUGCGAUGCGUAGGUUAUGGUUCCUUCUCUUAGCUUUCAAGCUUAUUUUAUCCAGAGCUAGGGCUACGUCAGCUGCCCCAUCCUACUUCCCAGCAAAGUUUAUCCAGGGCAUUGGAUUUUUACAGGAUGGCGGUGCAGGAAAGCAUAACAAUCCUAUUGGUCCCGCAGAGUGGGAGGCGAAAGCCAUCUGGAACAAUACACCUGACCUAGCUGUCUCGAUAGGUACAGGGUUUGCUCGAGAUUCAGAGCCACCAAAGACAGUCUCUAGAAGAUUGGGUUUUCGUGACCGUUUCUUCUCGCGCCUAUUCCGCCUUUUUAACGCCAUGCUGAAUGCCCAAGACAGCUGGGAGGACCACGUGAAUCGUGUCCCUCUCGAGGAACGGCACAGAUACUUCCGUGUUAACAUAGCGCUUAGCACAGAGCCAAGGCUAGAUGAUGUUAGCAAGAUACCAGAUCUAGAAGACUUGACUGCGACAUUUCUUCAUGGUUACGAUUUUUCUAGUAUCGCGCAGGCGCUGUUUGCCGCUGCUUUCUUUUUCGAACUCCACCAGAAGCCUACUGCUAAUAGAACAUUGCUAGUAUGCUUUGGUUCUAUCCGCUGCCGUAGCCCGGACACGCGUGCGCUAGUUGAAAGAAUUCUGCAGGAAUACCCAGAUGCCUCCUUUACGAUAGAAGAUGGUACUAGCUUGGGCCAUAUUGGCGACUCCAGCCUUUGCACUGUAUGUGGCCAUUACUGCAAGGCCGUCGAGCUCAAAGUGUACCAUGCAGAACAGAGCAAAUCUAUCUACCUGCAGUUUGAUCAAUCCAACCAAACAAGAAUCAGUGGUUUCCCGCAAUCCAUGUCACAUUUCGCAAGAGUCCAACAGCUGGACGCUGAGUUUGGGAGAUCAGAUCAUCAAGCUACGGACUCUAUAGAUCCCGAAGGCUAUAGUCGAUUUCUUAAUGACAGUAUCAUUGAAAGAAGGCGAUACGAACAAGCACGCCGCAAACAAACAGAAGUUACUUAA